UGCGGUCAACACACGAAAUCACGGGGUCACUUCAGUAGUACCGCCCGGCGGGAGUAGUUUAAAGUCAAAACAAGCGCUUCCGAGCAGCUGUGCGUCAGCAUCAUUUGGGUCACGUGACGGAGGACCUGUCUCAGCUAUGGAUGAGCAAGCUGCGGUAGCUAGCAGCGGGACUGUGCAUAGAGUGUUAUCAGCUGUUGGCGUUCGUGGUCUGGCCAGCAGCGUGUGGAGCUACGUAGACUACAUGAGCAGGUGGUGCUGGGUCCCCAGCUGGUUGCCGCCAUGGUGUCCUACAUCUCAGAAACAGCUUCAGGCUGCAGAGGAGAGGAUGCUGCAUUGCAUCAGGGCAGCUUUUACCAGACAGUUUGUCCCCAUCUCUGACGGUAACCGUCUGUGGACGCUGACCUUCUGCAGCGAUGCUGUUGAAGACAAAACUCCGGUGGUUCUGCUGCAUGGAUUUGGAUGCGGCGUGGGCUUUUGGGCACAGAACUUGGAUGCUUUGUCACAGCACCGGCCUGUCUUUGCCCUGGACAUGUUGGGCUUCGGCCAGAGCACCAGACCUUUGUUCUCCACAGACCCCCGGGAAGCUGAGGAUCAGUUUGUGGAGUCUAUUGAACAGUGGAGAGCAGAAGUGGGCCUUGAAUCUGUGAUCCUGUUAGGCCACAACCUGGGAGGCUUCCUGGCUGUGUGCUAUUCUAUGAAGCAUCCUCACAGAGUGAAACAUCUCAUACUGGUGGAGCCGUGGGGACUUCCUGAAGCCCAGGAGAUGACAGAAGCUGACCGGCCCAUCCCAGCUUGGAUCAAAGCCCUGGGGGCCAUGUUCAGUCCCUUCAACCCCUUGGCUGGCUUGAGACUGGUGGGACCUCUGGGUCCAGCGCUGGUGCAGACCCUGAGACCCGACUUCAAGAGGAAGUUCUCCUCUCUGUUCACAGACAACACAGUUUCAGAUUACAUCUAUCACCUCAAUGUGCAGUCCCCCAGUGGAGAAACCGCCUUUAAGACUAUGACCGGUUCCUGUGGCUGUGCCAAGAGGCCGCUGCUGCCGAGGAUGGACCAGCUGCAUCCCGCCAUCCCCAUCACCGUCAUCUACGGCUCCCGCUCCAGCAUCGACAGCAACUCGGGCAGCGCCGUCAGACAGAUGAGACCCGCGUCUCACGUGGAGGUCAUCACCACGCGUGGAGCUGGACAUUACGUGUACGCGGACCAGCCUGAAGACUUCAACCACCGAGUUUUACUCGUGUGUGAGGAGGUGGACAGGAGCAGAAAUGAGCCUCAGGAGAAGAAGGGGAGCUAGACUGCUGCACGCUACGUUAGCCGCUGCUGUGGAACCUCAGGAUGUCUCAAAUGAACAAAGACCGGAGAUGUUUUUAUUCAGGAACACGAAAAUUGAACUGUUCAUAGUGACUCGUUCACCAGGACAUGACGAAGGUCCAGUUUAACAGUUAGCACUUGAGUUCCUAGCAGCCUGGAUGGUUUUGGACCCACAGGUUCGUUAGCUGACUCAGUCAUAAAGAUUCUAAAUCCAUCCUGUCUGAAAGUCUUAAUCUGCCGUAUUUCCGAGCGUCCCUGAAUGCAUCAUUACUGGAGCUGCACUAGCUGCAGUUGCGGUGCUUCACACACCUAGCUUUGUUGUUGCCCUGUGAUGUUUGAACGCCGCUGUCCUGUUUAGUCUGCCGUCUGAUGCCAACGGCGCCGUGUAACGCUUACGUUGUUCAGACUGAUUACUUCCUGUUCGGUGUCGCUGGUUUAUGGUUUAAGGAUGUUCUACAAGCUGUUUAUUAGUCUGAGAUGUUUAUGUGUAACCACACACACACACACACACACACACACACACACACACACACACACACACACACACACACACACACACACACUCUCUAGCCUAAGCUCUAGGUGACUGUUACUAAGAGAACUGAUCGGGAAUCGAGUCACCACCCUGAGUCUGGCUGACGGUGACUUGUGUUGUAAGAGUCGCCCCCUGCUGGCUCAUCUGUGAUGUUUAGUUCACAUAUUUACUUUUUCAUUCGGAUGUUUUCCUAAAUAUUCAAACUGGAGGAGUUUUUCCAGUUUCAGGUCUUGUGUGAGGUCGUCACGCUGGUGAACAGUUACAGCUGCAAUAGAACACCGUUACUACUGUGGCUGCGAUGGUGAACUCCCUCUAGGGUUCUGCAGCCCCCCAAGGCCCUUCAGUACACACACAUUCACACUCUGGCGGUGAUGAUGCCCCGGAGCAUACUGCCAAACACGCCACUGGUCCUUCUGACCACCACCAGCAGGUAAGGGGGGUGACGUGUCUUGCCCAAGGGCACUAUGACAGGGUGAGAGGGACUUGAUCUCUCAACCUUCUGGCUAUGAGACGGACACGUAACUCCUCUGACAGCGGUGCCCCUAUGCAGCUCAUCACCGCCAGCAAGUGUGUGUGUGACUCCGGUCUGAUCUAGGUUUUAUAGAACUGGUCAGCAAACGUACUGCUUGUCCAGCUUGUUUAAAUAAAGUUUUAUUUGACUCGUU